AUGCUCACGUCGACUGAGGGUACAACGGCUAUGCUAUCGAGGCCUGGAGCGUGGAUUGCCGUGCUGGGUCAGGAGGAUGCAGGCGACCGGGGCCUGGCGGGUACCAAUUCGGGGCACCACAGACAUUCUACCGUGCUCCCAUGUCGCCCCCGCCAUAACCGCAGCCAGGAGACUAUCACGCUUCCACGCACCAAAGCUACUACAAUCCUCCCAUGCGGCCCCUACCACCACAGGAGCUGGAGCCGUCGGAAGCAGGCUGAGGUGACGGCCAAAUUGAAGUCGCGGUCAAGACCAAGAUCAAUGGGAAGAAGACAAAACGGGGACUACCGAAGUGUUUCCCUUCCAAGGCGUAAUCCUCAAAUCUUGCUUCGGGUUUGCGAGGUGUGCUACGGCUACGGGGCAAUCGGAUCUUUCGGGGAAAAUGCCAAAUUUCACGAGCAACCCAUACCGCAGACUACCGUGAUCCCGUGGAGCAAAAUUCGGUAA